GUAUGAGAUGUACUCGGUGGAAAUGGAGAAACAUCCUGGUGGUGAAAUGGAUGUCAAGAUCAAGAAGAAGAUGAAGAAGGGGGAAAAGAAGAAAGAGAAGUUGGAGAGUAUGAAGAAAGAGAUGGAUGUGGAUGAUCACCAGCUGUCCAUAGAAGACCUGGAGCUCAAGCAUCGGACCAGCGUCUCCAAGGGCCUAACCAGCACUGUGGCAGGAGAGAUCCUUCUUCGCGAUGGCCCCAAUGAGCUGAAGCCCCCCAAGGGCACUCCUGAGUAUGUGAAGUUUGCCCGUCAGCUGGCCGGGGGGCUGCAGUGCCUCAUGUGGGUAGCAGCCGCCAUCUGCCUCAUUGCCUUCGGCAUCCAGCUCGGGCAAGGUGACCUCACCAGUGCAGACAACCUAUACUUGGCUAUUGCUCUCAUUGCUGUUGUGGUCGUGACCGGCUGCUUCGGCUACUAUCAGGAAUUCAAAAGCACCAACAUCAUUGCGAGCUUCAAGAAUCUAGUGCCACAGCAAGCCACAGUGAUUCGAGAUGGCGACAAGUUCCAGAUCAACGCCAAUCAGCUGGUAGUGGGCGACCUGGUAGAGAUCAAAGGGGGAGACCGAGUCCCAGCAGACAUCAGGAUUAUCACCUCUCAAGGCUGCAAGGUGGAUAAUUCAUCUCUGACUGGGGAAUCAGAGCCUCAGACAAGAGCCCCCGAGUGCACCCACGAGAGCCCCCUGGAAACUAGAAACAUUGCCUUCUUCUCUACCAUGUGCUUAGAAGGCACAGCCACGGGUAUCAUCAUUAACACUGGGGACCGUACCAUCAUUGGGCGCAUAGCCAGCCUGGCUUCGGGUGUGGAGAAUGAGAAGACGCCCAUUGCCAUUGAGAUAGAGCACUUUGUCGACAUCAUUGCCGGCCUGGCCAUCUUCUUUGGGGCCACCUUCUUUGUGGUCGCCAUGGUGAUUGGAUACCCCUUUCUUAAGGCCAUGGUCUUCUUCAUGGCCAUUGUGGUGGCAUACGUCCCCGAGGGCCUUCUGGCAACUGUCACCGUUUGUCUUUCCCUCACAGCCAAACGCCUGGCCCGGAAGAACUGUGUGGUGAAGAAUUUGGAGGCCGUUGAGACGCUGGGCUCAACUUCUGUCAUCUGCUCUGAUAAAACAGGGACUCUCACUCAGAACCGCAUGACUGUCUCCCACCUUUGGUUUGACAACCAGAUCCAUACAGCGGACACCACAGAAGAUCAGUCAGGGCAAAGUUUUGACCAGUCCUCUGAGACGUGGAGAGCUCUCUGCAAAGUGGUGAGCCUCUGCAACCGAGCCUUUUUCAAAUCAGGCCAGGAUAGCGUGCCUGUCCCAAAGCGGAUCGUCAUCGGAGACGCCUCGGAGACGGCCUUGCUGAAGUUCUCCGAGAUCACCCUGGGCAACGUGAUGGAGUACCGGGAGCGCUACAAGAAAGCCUGCGAGAUCCCCUUCAACUCCACCAACAAGUUCCAGCUGUCCAUCCAUGAGCUUGAUGACCCUCGAGACCAGCGCUACCUGAUGGUGAUGAAAGGAGCUCCCGAGCGCAUCCUGGAACGGUGCUCCACCAUCAUGAUCAAGGGUCAAGAGUUGCCCCUUGACGAACAGUGGAAGGAGGCUUUCCAAACAGCUUACAUGGACCUUGGCGGGCUGGGCGAGCGUGUACUAGGCUUCUGCCACCUGUACCUUCCCCAGAGCGAGUUCCCACGCGGCUACAACUUUGACAGUGACGAGAUGAACUUCCCCACCAGUGGGCUCUGCUUUGCAGGCCUCAUCUCCAUGAUUGAUCCGCCCAGAGCCACUGUGCCCGACGCCGUCAUGAAAUGCCGCACUGCUGGCAUCCGGGUGAUCAUGGUGACAGGAGACCAUCCCAUCACUGCAAAGGCCAUUGCUGCCAGUGUGGGCAUCAUCUCUGAGGGCAGUGAAACGGUUGAAGAUAUUGCCACCCGCCUGCGCAUUCCCGUGGAGCAGGUCAACAAGCGGGACGCCCGAGCAUGUGUGGUCAACGGGGGCCAGCUGAAAGACAUGGAGACUGAGGAGUUGGUGGAGAUCCUCAAAAUGCACCCAGAGAUGGUCUUUGCUCGCACCUCCCCACAACAGAAGCUCAUCAUUGUGGAAAGCUGUCAGAAAUUGGGUGCUAUUGUGGCAGUAACAGGAGAUGGGGUGAAUGAUUCCCCAGCGCUGAAGAAAGCUGACAUCGGUGUGGCAAUGGGCAUUGCCGGAUCGGACGCAGCCAAGAACGCUGCUGACAUGAUCCUGCUGGAUGACAAUUUCGCCUCCAUCGUCACUGGCGUCGAGCAAGGGCGCCUGAUCUUUGACAAUCUCAAGAAAUCCAUCGCGUACACCCUAACCAAGAACAUCCCAGAGCUGACGCCCUAUCUGAUCUACAUCACUGUCAGUGUCCCACUCCCCCUGGGUUGCAUCACCAUCCUUUUCAUUGAACUGUGCACAGACAUUUUCCCCUCAGUUUCCCUGGCCUAUGAGAGGGCUGAGAGCGACAUCAUGCACCUGAAGCCACGCAACCCUCGACGGGACCGCCUGGUCAACGAAGCGCUAGCGGUCUAUUCCUACUUCCAGAUCGGAGCCAUCCAGUCCUUUGCCGGCUUCACCGACUACUUCACCGCCAUGGCCCAGGAGGGUUGGUACCCGCUGAAGUGUGUGGGCCUUCGGGCAGCCUGGGAGAACGACCAUAUCCAAGAUGUUCAGGAUAGCUACGGACAAGAGUGGACUUUUGGGCAGCGCCUGUACCAGGAGUACACCUGCUACACCGUCUUCUUCAUCAGCAUCGAGAUGUGCCAGAUCGCUGACGUGCUCAUCCGCAAAACACGACGCCUUUCUGUCUUCCAGCAGGGAUUCUUCCGGAACAAAGUCUUGGUGAUAGCCAUCGUGUUCCAGCUCUGCCUGGGCUGCUUCCUCUGCUACUGCCCUGGGAUGCCCAACAUCUUCAACUUUAUGCCUAUAAGAUUCCAGUGGUGGCUGGUGCCGCUACCCUAUGGCCUUCUCAUCUUCGUCUACGAUGAAAUCCGAAAGUUGGGAGUCCGGAGACACCCUGGAAGUUGGUGGGACAAAGAACUCUACUACUAAAGGCGAAGCUUUUUUUGGACGGAGCUUUUUCUCGUUUUCCCUUCCUGUGCAACAGAGACAAGGAAAUCAAGGAUUUGCGUCUGUCAUCAACAACAGUACUGUUGAGCCAAGCCUGCCACAUUUCACACCACAGAACCAUAGAAUCGUAAGGUUGGAAGGGACCCUGAGGGUCA